AUGUCGCAGCCUACUAUAGAGCGUGAAGACGUACAAGAUAGGCAGUUCCCAGAGGCUACUGAUCCGGCGCUUACCGACUCCAAUGAAGGUUCUUCUUCAGAUAUAGAGAAGAAUAGUCCUGGAAGCAGUGACGAAGACGAGUUUGAUAUUCCUGAUGGCGGGUACGGCUGGCUUGUGGUGUUGGCGGUGUUUCUUAUUAACGCCAAUACGUGGGGAGCCAACUCGGGGUUUUCCAUUUACCUUUCUCACUACUUGGAGCACGAGACCUUUGCUGGUGGUGACAAAUACGAUUAUGCGUUGAUUGGAGGCAUGUCGUUUGGCUUGGGCAUUAUUUUUGCUCCCGUGAUUAAUAAGAUCCAUGGGCUCAUUGGCACUAAACCUUUGAUUAUCUUGGGCAGCUGCCUCCAGUUCGCUGCGCUUAUGAUGGCUUCUUUUGCUGUGAGUCUAUGGCAGCUUUAUUUGACCCAGGGUGUGCUUCAGGCUGUUGGUUUGUCUAUGGUGGCACUUCCCGGGUUCGGCAUUCUCCCUCAGUGGUUUAAGAAAAGACGUGAUAUCGCUAGUGCUAUCGCUGCUGGAGGUUCAGGUGUGGGUGGUACAAUGUAUAACUUGGGCAUGCAGAAGGUGUUGGAGACGAGAGACGUUUUUUGGGCCUUGCGUGCUCAGAGUAUCAUUAUCUUUGGUCUUCUCUGGAUCGCCAUUUUCUUAAUCCGUUCUAGAAUGAAGCACAGCGUUACUGUCCGCUACUAUGACACACAGUGCUUACAAUCGACCGGGUUCUGGAUUUUGGUGUUUUACUGCAUUUUCUGUAUGUUUGGUUACGUUAUCGUCUUGUACGAUAUGGCCGCUGUGACCAGGACUUUAGGUUAUAGCGCUUACGAAGGUUCUAUUGCUGCUGCUAUGGUCCAAGUUGGCUCCUUCUUUGGUCGUCCCCUUAUGGGAGUAAUUGCCCAAAAAAUUGGACCAGUCACUGCAUCAUUUUUGGCCUAUGUUCUUUGUGCCAUCUUUACUUUCUCCAUGUGGAUUCCAGCCCGUAACUUACCCACCAUGUAUGCUUUUUGUAUAAUUAUGGGUGGUAUUAUGGGCACAAUUUUUGCAACAAUGCCCCCUAUCCUAAGCAAGUUAUUUGGCUUGCGGAAGACCGCUACGGCCUUCUCUAUGGCAUGGGUCUUUUUGGGUGCGGCAGGUAUCGUUUCCCCGGUUAUUGGACUUGCGCUUAAAACCCUGAGCAACGGUCCAACUGCCUAUGUGCCUUGUGCAAUUUUUGCAGGUUGCGGAUUUACCGCCUGUGCUGCUACAUUAUUAAUCAUGAGAGCCUAUCUUUUAGCUAGAAUCAAGUUAGCGGGACCCUUGGAUAUGGAUCAGGGUCAUAUGCAUAUUACAGUUCCCUUCCAGGAACCUUUAAAACAUCUUUUUGACUUCACCCUUGUUUAA